AAAAACAAGUUCAGCAAAUCAGCUGACAAUGAAAAGUUUUAGCACUAGUGCGGGUACGCUGUUGGUUUGAGGGUGGAAAAAUUCUAGAAUUCAACUCAUCGAAAGAAAACAAAAAAUGAACUAAAUUUAAAGCGGGGUUUUUGACGUGUUGAGGCGGCUUGUACUUAAAUUUCGCACUUGACGACAAAAUGAUUCAACGAUGUAAUCCGUUGAAGAGCGAUGGAGUCAGCGCGUCCGAGUGAUAUGACGGCGACGCAGGGCCGGUAGGAGAGUGGAGGGGCCUUUCUGCGGAUGACGCAGAGCAAGUCAGUGCCGGCGCGGCCACGGCAUGGAGAGCACAUGGCCGAACAGCAGCAGCAGCAGACGGCCGAAAAGCGGUUCGUGGCCGCCCUGGACGUGGGCACCACCACAGUGCGCUGCCACAUCUUCAACAAGGCUGCUCAGGUCGUCGGCGCUGCCACUCGGCAGGUGACUUUGCUAUAUCCGCAGCCAGGCCGUUAUGAGAUCAACCCUGAUGUUCUCUGGUCCAAGGUGGUGGCCGUCGUCAAAGAGGCCCUCGAAGACGCAAACCUGACUGCAAAUGAUGUUACCUGCAUGGGCAUUUCGACACAGCGCAGCACCUUUGUUACCUGGAGCAAGGUCACUGGCAUGCACUACCACAACCUUAUCACCUGGCAGGAUGUGCGCGCCGAACGACUUGUCCAGCAAUGGGACAGCAGUCUUUCAAUAAUGGCACUGAGAGGAGCGUCCAGGGUGGUUUAUUGGUUUACUCGAAAAAGGAGAUUUAAAGCAGGAAGCACCCUCAAACUCAUGAAUACACAGGUUACUCUGCGUCUAUUGUGGGUUCUGGAAAAUGUACCUGGUUUGAAAGAAGCUGUGGCACGAAACGAAGUAAUGUUUGGCACUUUCGACACCUACUUAGUCUGGCGGCUUUCUGGAGGUCGCACCUAUCACACGGACCCCUCCUCAGCAGCCGCCACUGGUCUUUUCGACCCCUUCACCAUGCAAUGGGCUGGUUGGGCGCGCACCAUCUUCCGCCUUCCAGCCUCAAUCUUCCCUCCUGUUGGCGAAUCCGCUGGCCCCUGUUUAGCUAUGGUGGCGCCGCACAUUUGGGGCGCCUCGUUUCCCAUCUGCAGCUCAUUGGCUGACCAGAGUGCCUCGAUGUUUGGUUCGUGCUGUUUUGACGAAGGUGACGUCAAGCUGACCAUGGGCACUGGCUCCUUCCUCAAUGUAAACACAGGCAAUAUGCCAAUUGGCACCACUCAAGGGAUGUAUCCUUUGGUUGGCUGGAAAGUAGGUGAUGACCUGGCUUACCUUGCUGAAGGGGCCUCUAAUGAUACGGGAACUAUUAUCAACUGGGCUCUGAAGUCUGAACUCAUUAAAAGUGCAGAUGAGACUUCAGCCCUGGCCAGUUCAGUAGCCAGUUCUGGGGGCGUAUAUUUUGUACCAGCCUUUUCAGGCCUUCAGGCACCAAUAAAUGAUUCGGAGGCGUCGGCUGGAUUUAUUGGCAUCACCACAUCAACCCAGCGUCCACACCUAGUACGAGCUCUGCUCGAGAGCAUUGGCUUCCGAGGCUCGCAGCUCAUGAGACUGAUGCGUGAAGAAUUGGGUUCCUCUGCAGGCCAAGUGCUUGCUAUUGACGGUGGUGUGGCAAAAAAUGACUUCCUUGCACAAAUGUUGGCUGACGUGACGGGUGCCCGCGUCAGACGAGCCACCACUUGUGACCACUCGGCCCUCGGCGCUGCAUUCAUGGCGGGACUUGCCGCAGGAAUUUGGUCGAGCAAGGAGGAAUUGCGGCAGUUGCACCACUUGGAUCGUGAAUUUAUACCAAAUAUGGAAAGACGACAGGAAUGUGUGAUUGAGGAGCAACGCUGGACUUGUGCAGUUCAGCGCUUCCUCCACUGGCAUCGCCAAUGACUGAACUAAAAAUAUAAAUGCCCUGGCGCCAUUUUUGUCUUCAGAGUUUUGAAAACGAAAAAUCUUUUAAAAUAAAAUACCACCAACGGUGCGUUAAAAUAUAUGUAAUUUAUGAAUAUUUCAACAAACUAAGUACCCUCUUUUCGUCUUUUCUAUUCUUUUGUGCUGAAAAUACAUGGUUUCCUAGCAACAAAUAAUUAUUUUGGAAUACGCCAACCGUCAGCUCUUUCUGGUGGUAAUGAUCUUCACUUCUUGUUUAUCCUUCUCUCCGCCUUUUUCAAUGGA